AGAAGAAGGAGAAGAAGAAGAAGAAAAAGAAGAAGGCGUCCUCUGCUGUUAGUCAGACAGGCUGGAGUAAUGCUAACUUUGUAGUGUUAGUCACAGAGUUAUCCCACAGAGCGUUAACGCUGAAAGGAGUGUCUUUAUAGCAGCAAUAACCUCCUGGUGGGCCUUCGAAGUUGACGAACGGAUUCCGGACUUAUAAAAACUGCGAAGAGCCGCUUAGCUGAUUGUUUAGCGGGUUAGCCGGGGAGCUUCUGAAGAGAAGAGGAUCGUCAGUUUGUGAUCCAGCCAUCAUGUCUGCGGCCGGAGACUUCGGAAACCCUUUAAGAAAAUUUAAACUGGUCUUUCUCGGGGAACAGAGCGUGGGAAAGACGUCGUUGAUCACCAGGUUCAUGUACGACAGCUUUGACAACACGUACCAGGCCACGAUAGGAAUAGACUUCUUAUCGAAAACCAUGUACCUUGAAGACAGAACAAUCAGGUUGCAGCUGUGGGACACGGCGGGGCAAGAGCGAUUUCGCAGCUUAAUCCCAAGUUACAUCAGAGACUCGGCCGCUGCUGUCGUAGUCUACGACAUCACAAAUGUCAACUCUUUCCAGCAAACCACAAAGUGGAUCGAUGAUGUCCGAACAGAGAGAGGAAGUGAUGUCAUCAUCAUGUUGGUGGGAAACAAGACAGAUCUUGCAGACAAAAGACAGAUAACCACAGAAGAAGGAGAGCAGAGGGCAAAAGAGACGAACGUUCUGUUUAUUGAAACCAGUGCAAAGACAGGCUACAAUGUCAAACAGCUGUUCCGCCGUGUGGCAGCCGCCCUCCCUGGCAUGGAUACCACGCAGGACAAGAGCAGAGAGGACAUGAUCGACAUCAAGUUGGAGAAACAUGUCGAGCAGCCCGCCAAUGAAGGAGGCUGUUCCUGCUAAUCUCACCAGUUUUGUUUUAAAUUCUGGAACCCUGUCAGUUGUUCUUUUGUUUAUUCUCUUCACUACACCCGCCUCUGUUGUCCAGUCUGACUCAACACUACACCUGGUAUUUUUGCUGUUGUGGACACCCCUCCCCCCGUCUCCUCGUUGGGAUGCUCUAAAAGCAACAUAUCACUUUAAUUGGAUCUUAGCACCGUACCAGACGUUUACUGAAACUGUGUUUACAGCUGAAGCGCGCCCUUCUGCACGGCUCUGGUUGUUGUUUUUGUUAUAAAUGAAGAGGAUGUUCAAAAUGUAACGACUCACAUCAGUGUCAUUUAUCUUUAACAAGUGACUUUUUUUAAACCACACAUGGCUUGUGUCCAGGCUAGAGGCAGACUAACUGUCCCAACUAUGAUGCGCAGGCAGCAGCUAAGAUCCUAUUUUAAAUGUUAAAUUAUCCGCAUUAGCAAAGAUCAUUCACAAGUACACACUGACCCACACUGUGUAAUUCAGCAUAGCUACACUACAAAGUGUCGAGCACAUUGACCGUCCUGCACAUGUCCUCUAAGAUGGGUAAUUUUUUUAUUGAUGUCCCAUUUCCUGGUCUGUUUUUUAUUGCAUUGACUUCUCCCCUUAAAGGACUACACCUGAUUCUUUGAUGGUAGCGCUUCAAGAGGGUUUUCACCUAAAAUUCACCACAGAAAUGGAGAAUUUGGAGUAAAACGAUAAAGGGCUUCCAUGGCUUUAGCUAUACGAACACUUUCUAAACUUUGUUUUAUUUAGCUCGUUUUUACUUUGGAGUUGAUUUUUCUUUUGUUAGUGAUCAGUCAGCACGUGUAUUUAAUCCACAAUGACUUGAAAUAUUUAUUUCUGUUGAAUUCAUGCUUCUUUUUUUUAUGGCUUUUAAUAUUGUCUCUGAUGGUAAUGAGUUUCAGAUCUACUAAGAUAUGCAUUCGUCUGGAUAGCUUUUUACAUAAUCAGAGUGUCUGCUGUUUGAUCACACUGAUGAUACUGUGCAAUUUUGUGUGUGUGAAAAUGGGGAGAGUUCAAUAUGUAUAGCAGAGUCAUCCUUGACAUUUCUUUUGGGAUUGCUUUUACUGAAAGAAUAAAUAUACACUUUUCA